UGAUGUGACGUCACGUUCUCGCGAGAUGAGACUUCUGACGGCUGGAUCUGCUCUCCGGUAGGAGUCGAGGUGCUGGACGUUAACGCCGCUGCGGGACUUUUAAACAACAACCCAGUACCGGCGGCUGAUUAGGAAAACUGUGACUGCUGGACGACAAGAUGAGUGGCUGCCGCGUGUUUAUUGGAAGGCUGAGCCCCCAUGCCAGAGAGAGAGAUGUGGAAAAAUUCUUUAAAGGAUAUGGACGCAUCAGAGAAAUCAAUUUGAAGAAUGGAUUUGGAUUUGUGGAGUUUGAUGAUCAUAGAGAUGCUGACGAUGCUGUGUAUGAAUUAAAUGGCAAAGUACUGUGCAACGAAAGGGUGACAAUUGAGCAUGCAAGGAACCGCAGAGGAAGAGGUGGAAUGAUGGGAGGUGGAGGAGGAGGAGGGGGGAGGUAUCCAAAUCGCUUUGCCUAUCGUCAGUCCAAUAGUGGUGGGCCCAGGUAUGGACCACCUGUUCGUACUGAGCACAGAAUUAUCGUAGAAAACCUCUCCUCUCGUGUCAGUUGGCAGGAUCUCAAAGAUUUCAUGAGGAAGGCCGGAGAGGUAACCUAUGUGGAUGCCCAUAGAAGUAACAGGAAUGAGGGGGUUGUGGAGUUUGCAUCUUAUACUGAUAUGAAGAAUGCUUUAGAUAAACUGGAUGGUGUAGAACUAAGUGGUCGCAAAAUUAAACUAACUGAAGAUAGUAAGAAACGCAGGAGUAGAUCAAGAUCAAGAAGCCACUCAAGGUCUCGCAGCAAAUCUAAAUCUCGUGGAUCGUCCAAAUCUGCAAGCAGAUCAAGGUCCAAAAGCCGUACGCCUGAGAGAAAAUACUCCCAGAAAAAUAGCUCUGCAGAGCCAGCACAGGGCUUAUCACCGCGCGCUGCCAAGCGCCAGUCCAGAUCAAGUUCAGCAGAUAGCCGUAAUUAAUGGCAGAUCUGCGUUGUAUACAGAAUGAGAAAGAUGAUAGAUGUGAAGGGUGAUUUCCACUGUAAAAUGUAACCAAAGUGCUUGCAUAAUGAUAAUGUAGCCUUGAUCCAGGAAACCAUUGGCACCACCGUGCUGCAGCAGCUGGAGUUCCAAAGCUUUCCUGUGCUGCUUGUAACCCUGCCUCCUUACCUAAACAUGAAGUCAAAAGAUUAUAAUGGGUGAAAGAACCCAGCAUUUUUUGUUUUAGUUCCAUUUUGCAAUGGAUAUAUUUGGUUUCACCGUGAAAGUUAUAUUAAUGUAGAUUUUUAUUUAUUCCCUAAUGUAAAUUUUUCAGUGCGACUUUAAACUGCAUAUUUACUGUUAGGGUCUAAUAUGUGCAUUAAGGUUUCAGACUUCCCACUUGUCUAUUUAGUUAAGUCACACACACAUUUGACUAUGUAUGUAUUUGUUGGCGUAAAUGUUGCAAAAAUGAGACCCAAUUAUCAAGAUACAUGUUUGGCUCUAUACAUUUGCUACGAGCGCUAGUGAUUGGACUAUACAGUACAUUGGCUGGAAGUUUCAUUAAUCCUAUUGACCUUUUUUUUUAGGUAGAAUAGCUAGAAAUACAUUAAAAAUAUUAAAACUUUUUUUUUUUUAUAUCAAAUUCAGUGCUUUCUGCAGUCCACAUUUGAAGUUACAUUUUACAGUCCGUACAUAUCCCCAUUUGUGUGUAAUCUUUAGCUGUGGGGAGUUUCACCCUCCCAUCAUUUUUAUUUGUUUUUUUUUUUUGUUUGUUUUUUUCAAGAUGGUUUAGGCAUCAGAAUUUGGAUUUUAUUAAACACAAGUAUGUACCAAA